CUAAUUAAGUAACCAAAAAGCAAUUUCCAUAAUAAAAAAGAAAGGAAAAAAAAAUGGAGGAGAUCCAUGAAGUAGUAAUAGUUGGAGCAGGUAUCGCCGGAGUAGCAACAGCACUCGCACUCCAAAAAGUCGGAAUUCAAAGCAUAGUUCUUGAGAGAUCACAUGAACUUCGCACCACCGGCUCCGCCCUCACCCUCAGCCCCAACGCUUGGCGAGCUCUUGACGUUCUUGGCGUUGGGACCAAGCUCAAAUCCAUCUAUCAUAUCAUUGAAAUGUUGCAUGUGACAAACCUCAUCACCGGAACAACUCAAGCAACGUCAUUCAUUAACAGUGGAGAUAUGGGACCAAGAUCAGUACAUAGAAAAGUAUUACUAGAAACUCUUGCUAAUGAACUCCCAGAAAACACCAUCAAGUUCUCAACCAACAUCACUUCAAUCAAAAGAAGUCAAGGCCAAGACAUCACAGUGCUGCACUUGGAGGAUGGAAGUGUUAUUAAAACCAAAGCCUUGAUUGGUUGUGAUGGUUUGCACUCGGUGGUGGCACAGUGGCUCGGGCUCAGUUCGCCGGUUGACUCCGGCCGGUCGGCUGUCCGUGGUUUGGCCGUGUUCCCUGCUGGUCAUGGUUUCAAACAUGAAGUUCACCAGUUUGUUGGUAAUGGUGUUAGAGCUGGUCUUGUGCCCAUGAAUGACACUGAGGUUUAUUGGUUCUUCUCUGGAUCUCUAAAUAUAAAAGAUGAAGAAAUUAAAAGAAAUCAAGAGAAAAUUAAAAGGGAAGUAAUAGAACAGUGGGCUAAAGACUUCCCAAGUGAUUACCUUAACGUGGUCCAGCACUCAGAGCUGUCGACGAUAACAUGGGCGCCAUUGAUGUUCCGUGUCCCGUGGGAUGUUUUGUUCGGCAAGACGCACAACGGUGCUGUCACGGUGGCCGGAGAUGCUUUCCACCCAAUGACGCCUGACCUGGCACAAGGUGGGUGUGCGGCGCUGGAGGAUUCGGUGGUACUGGCACGGUGUUUGGCGACAUCGGUGGGAAGCGUGGCGAAGGAUUUGGAGAGGUAUGUGAAGGAGAGGAGGUGGAGGGUGGCUGGAUUGAUUACGGGUGCGUUUGUCUCCGGGUGGGUGCAGCAAAGUGGGUCUGGGUGGAGUUGGUGGCUGGUGAAGCUCUUUCGAGACAAUGUGUUUUACCGGUUUGUUUUCCCAAGGCUUGUGAAUGUUGUGAACUAUGAUUGUGGGGUUUUGCCGGAGAAGAAGGAGAAGAGUUCAUGAGGAUGAUAUGCAUGAUGGAGAUCUCUUUGUUUGCUUUGAGCUUAGUUGUUUGUUAGUGUUUGAUGAAAUGCUUGUGAGAAGAGUCAAAGUUCAUAUGUAUAUAUAUAUAUAUAUACAUACAUAAAGGUGUUUGAUGAAAUGCUUGUUGA